AUUUAUUCUCAGAAGCAUUACUGAUAUGAAGAAGAGAAAUAAAUCAAAAGAAAAGGAGCCAGAGCGGAGUGGGACACCUGAUGAAAAAUAUCACCCCCAUAGAAGAGAGAGUGAUGCAAUGGAUUUGCUUUUAAAAUUAACCCAGAAUAAACGUAAUUUGUCAUCAAGUGUCACAAAUGGAACAAUAUCAGAGAGAGGAGAGAAAACCUCAGCAUCAGUGUCAUUUCCUGAUGAUAAACAUCAUAGUAGUGAAGUCGAGUCAAAUCAGGCCAGUGAGAUAUCAGAAGAGUGGUAUGAAGAGCUCAGUGAUGAUCAUACAAGCGCUUUUAAAGAGGUAUUUGAUAUGUUAGAUUCUGCUCAUACCGGAUUAUUAAAUGCUGAUACUCUCUAUGAGGGUUUGAAGAGAGUGGAUAGUGAAAUUACUAGAGAAGAGGUAGAGGACGUACUCAAAGUUCUAGAUAAAGAUGGCAAUGGCGAGAUUGAUUUCGAUGAAUUCUUAAUGCAUAUUACCGCUAUGGAUGAUGAAAGUGACAGCAAAUCAAACCAAUCUCCAAAAUAUACGAAACGUCAGCGAUUGUUCUUCUCUGCUUUGAGGAAAUUUAACAGAAAGUCGGACCUUUCCGAGCUGCACGCCAAGAAGGUUGAACAGCCUCAUGUCUUGAGUCAUUAUACAGCCGGUGUUCGUCUCAUUGGGCUCACUGAUAAACAACUCAGAUUGAAACUAAAGAAAAUGCAGAGAGCAGCAAGGAGUAUCAAAUCACCGUAUGCUAAACCAUUGAAUUUUGUCAUAUCGUGUGGCGAUUCAAAGACCAAAACCGUUCGCAAGACUAUCGGUUUGAAAGCAUCCGAUGUUUUGCAAGAAAUAGACAAACCAUCAAACAAAUUAUACUUCGAUCCAUUGAGGAUUGUUAAAUCUCAGAAAGAUCUGGAUAGAGAUAUACAGAUAGCUGUAACAGAUGCCAUUAAAAACUCUCAAACUAGAGUUUCAAAAAUGCCAAAAAUAUGUGAUGUGAUGAAAUUAAAAAAAGAGGAUUCCCAGAAGCUGUCUAAAAGUGGAGACCGGUUAAAGUCUGCUGUAAGUCACAGAGCAGAUUCCACGAAAAAAGUUAGUAGAAGAAAACAUAAUGGUUGGAUAAUACCUAGAACAGAGAGGGAUAGAGUACCAUUACCAGUCCUUAAAAUAAGUAGUAAACGUUUAACCAUAGAAGAUCUCCCCGAUAUUCGCGAAAGAGUCAAGAAAGCUGUUGAUGACUACUAUGCCAAUUUAAGAAAAGGUUUUGUCAGAACUGCGUGCGAACAUUGGGAAGAGCUCUAUGCAAAUCACAGAGGUUCUAAGAAAUUAUUUGAACAUUUUAGAGAAGUUUAUAGAUCAUAUUCACCACAGAAAGAAGAGGAAGCAUUUGUUGUGUGUCCAUGGGUACCAGGUGCGUUCAGACCUGUUCACAAUAGCCAUUACCGUAGUCGUACAGCAGUAGAACGGGACAGAUGUAGAAGUCCGGAUAUCAAAACAAGUGUUCAAAGACCCUAUAGCGCAUUGUAUUGAAAACCAUUCCUUCAUUUCACGUUCCCAUUAAAUGAGGUUGUUUGAACUUAUGUAACGGGAACACUGUUAGCAUCUAUUUGCACUAAUUCAAUGUCCAAUCAGACGUCUGUGGUUUCCUGCAAUUCCACUAUAACUAAGCGUACCAUCGCAAACAUCGUAUCACGAAUAUGGGUUUUGACGUGGUUUUAUUCCCGAGGUAGUUUUAGUGGAAUAGCAGAAACCACACACGUCCGACUGGAAAUUGGAAUGGUGCAAAUCGAUGCUAAUAUCGAAACACAUAAAGAAUUAAACAUCUUUAUAUUUCCUAUAAUUAUUUUCAUUUUUCUAAAUUAAUACUAAAGAAAUAAAGAUAUUGAGUUAUUUCUAUUUAAUUCUUGCAUUCAAAAUUUUUGUUACGCACAAAUAUCAAUAUUUUAUUUCACAUAAACUUUCAACAAUAAAAAUGUAUCAC